AUGUCACUGAGCCGUGAAAGAAGAGUGAAUACCUCAACACUGGAGAAAGUUGCAGCAGACAUGAGCAAUUUAAUAGAGAACCUGGACACCAGGGAGCUCCACUUUGAGGGGGAAGAGGUGGAUGCUGACGUGUUGAAUGAUCCAAAAACAACUGUGGGCAUCCCAUUCUCUGCAAUUUAUAACACUCAAGGGUUCAAAGAGCCUCAUAUACAGACAUAUCUAACCGGAUGUCCGAUUAAAGUCCGAGUUCUGGAAGUAGAACGCUUUACCUCAACAAAAAAGGUACCAAGUCCAAAUGUUUAUACUGUUGAGUUCACGCAUGGGGACUUUACAUGGCAAGUGAAAAGGAAAUUCAAGAACUUUCAAGAUUUCCACAGGGAACUGCUGAGAUACAAAGCCUUCAUACGAAUUCCUAUCCCUACAAGGAGUCACACAGUUAGAAGACAGACUAUCAAAAGGGGAGAAGCGAGGCAGAUGCCGAGUCUGCCACGCACGUCUGAGAACAUGGUCCGAGAAGAACAUUUUUCUAGUAGAAGAAAACAACUGGAAGACUACUUGACAAAGAUCUUAAAAAUGCCCAUGUACAGGAACUACCAUGGAACGAUGGAAUUCAUUGGUGUAAGUCAGCUGUCAUUUAUCCAUGAUCUAGGACCAAAGGGCAUAGAAGGUAUGAUCAUGAAACGAUCAGGAGGCCACAGAAUACCCGGUCUGAACUGCUGUGGGCAAGGAAGGGUCUGCUAUCGAUGGUCCAAAAGGUGGUUAGUAGUGAAAGACUCUUUUCUAAUGUAUAUGAAGACGGACAGCGGAGCCAUUUCCUUUGUCCUGUUGGUAGAUAAAGAAUUCAGCAUUAAGAUUGGCAAGAAAGAGACUGAAACAGAAUAUGGGUUACGGAUUGACAAUCUCUCCAGGUCAUUGAUUUUGAAGUGUAACAGCUACAGACAUGCCCGAUGGUGGGGACAGGGAAUAGAAGAGUUCAUUCAGAAAAAUGGCAAAAACUUUCUAACAGAUCACAGAUUCGGGUCGUAUGCAGCUAUACAGGAGAAUACUUUGGCAAAGUGGUAUGUAAAUGCAAAAGGGUAUUUUGAAGAUGUAGCAAAUGCCAUGGAGGCAGCGAAAGAAGAAAUUUUCAUCACAGAUUGGUGGUUGAGCCCAGAAAUCUUUAUGAAGCGACCCGUGGUAGAAGGAAAUCGCUGGAGACUAGACUGCAUUCUCAAGCGGAAAGCACAACAAGGAGUGAGAAUUUUUGUAAUGCUCUACAAAGAAGUGGAGCUUGCUCUAGGAAUCAACAGUGAAUACAGCAAGCGGACCCUAAUGCGUCUACAUCCGAACAUCAAGGUGAUGAGGCAUCCAGAUCACGUGUCAUCCUCAGUGUACCUGUGGGCCCAUCAUGAGAAGCUCGUUGUCAUUGACCAGUCUGUAGCAUUCGUUGGUGGCAUUGACUUGGCCUACGGCAGGUGGGAUGAUGAUCAACACAGGCUGACCGACGUUGGCAGUGUGAAACGAAUUGCAGGAACAAAAUCCACAUCUACAGUGAAUCUCAUACCUACAGCCGAGUCCACUGAAGCUUUAGCCCUGAAAACUCAGCCCCCGGGGAACCUGCCACAGCACAGAAAUAGUGAUGACAUACUAGAUUCUUCAAGAAUGAAAGGAAUAGGAAAACCCAAAAAGUUUUCCAGGUUCAGCAUUUAUAAGCAUCUCCAGAAGCACGGCCUACACCAUGCUGAUAGCGUGAGCAGUAUAGACAGUGAGUCAGAUAAAGGAUCAAUCCGCAGCUUGAAGACAGGUGUUGGAGAACUUUUUGGGGAGACCAGGUUCUGGCAUGGAAAGGACUAUUGCAAUUUCGUCUUUAAAGACUGGGUUCAACUUGACAAACCCUUUGCUGAUUUCAUUGACAGAUACACCACACCCAGAAUGCCAUGGCAUGAUAUUUCAUCCGUUGUGCAUGGCAAAGCUGCACGGGAUGUUGCUCGACACUUUAUUCAGCGCUGGAACUUCACAAAGAUCAUGAAGCCCAAAUACAGAUCCCUGUCCUACCCAUUCCUGUUGCCAAAAUCUCAGCGAACCGCCGGUGAGAUGAAGUAUCAAGUGCCCGAGUCUGUAUGUGCCAAUGUACAGGUCCUCCGUUCUGCUGCAGAUUGGUCAGCUGGUAUCAAGUACCAUGAAGAAUCCAUCCACAAUGCUUAUGUUAGCGUGAUAAAAAACAGUAAACACUACAUCUAUAUCGAAAACCAAUUUUUUAUUAGCUGUGCUGAUGACAAAGUCGUUUCUAACAAGAUUGGAGAUGCCAUUGCUCGGAGGAUUCUUAAAGCACACAGGGACAACAAACGAUACCGAGUGUAUGUGGUGAUCCCACUGUUGCCUGGAUUUGAAGGAGAUAUUUCAACUGGAGGUGGGAAUGCACUGCAAGCCAUAAUGCACUUCAACUACAGGACCAUGUGCAGAGGAGAUAAUUCUAUCCUGGGACAGUUGAAAGCAGAGAUUGGAGAUCAGUGGAUAAACUACAUAUCGUUCUGUGGGCUUCGAACCUACGCUGAGCUGGACGGAAAUCUCGUCACUGAACUCAUCUAUGUUCACAGCAAAUUGCUUAUAGCUGAUGACAACACUGUCAUCAUUGGCUCUGCUAACAUCAAUGACCGCAGCAUGCUGGGAAAACGCGACAGUGAAAUGGCUAUCAUUGUGGAAGACACCGAAACCGUCCCUUCAGUGAUGGAUGGAAAGGACUACAAAGCCGGACGAUUUGCUCAGUCACUCCGCCUCCGGUGUUUUAGGGUUGUUCUUGGUUGUUCAGCAGACCUCAGUGAUGAUCUUCAGGAUCCAGUCUCUGACAGAUUCUUCAAGGAGGUGUGGGUUGCAACAGCUGCCCGCAAUGCCACUAUUUUUGAUAAGGUGUUCCGAUGCCUUCCCAGUGAUGAGGUGACAAAUUUAGCCCAGCUGCGUGACUUCAUCGCCAAGUCAAAAUUGGUAACCCAAGAUGCUGCAAAAGCAGCAGAAGAAUUAAAGAAGAUUCACGGAUUUCUAGUGCAAUUCCCCUUUCGUUUCCUGCAUGAAGAAAACUUGCUGCCUUCUGUUGGAACAAAAGAAUCCAUGGUACCCAUGGAAGUUUGGACUUAGGGUGAUUCAGACUGCAUCAGAAUUUAAAGUCUGGUUCCUUGGAGACAGUUUGCAUACCUGAUGAUUUCAGGAAGCUUUGUAUUGCCAAGGUAGCCACCGAAAAGGUCUCCAUCAAUCUAAUGUGCCUUUCUUAAGGAUUUUGGUGGAACAGCUUCAGACAAAAUGACACUGUUAUGGGGCGGGAAAGAAAAUUUGGCACUUAUGAUCAUUGACAAGUUCUAUUAAUUGAAAAGGACAAUACUUCUUUACAAACAUAUUCUAAGCACCUUAAAGAUGCAGGCCACUCCUAUGAAGGGAGACAAAUCAUAAUGUAUAUUACUACUGCCAGCAUGAUCAUACAUGUACAGUGAUUGUGAUACCCAGGAGUUGUAGGCCGUUUGUGCUUUCUAAAUCUUUGUAUGCUCGCAGGUUAUUACCUAGCUGGAUUUACCCUCUUCCUCAUCUCUGUUUUGUAUCCCCUCAAGUAUUCCCUCACUGCUUCCAUCUCCAUAAUGGUUGGGAAAUGUGGCCUGAGGCCAACUCAGGUGUUCCUGUGAUCAUUGCCUAGCGAGCUUAGAUGUUACAUUGCAUAUAUGGCAAAGGACUAACACUCUUAUGUCAGAAUCAGUGGUGCUGUCUCUUCUCCUGGCCCCAGGGGAAACAUUGGUUUUUUCACUACAGCUACAGCAAUCAACAUUCCUCAUGCUCAGCAUGGCACCCUGUAGAUCUCCAUGAGGGGCAAUCCCUAAUGGAGAUUGAGGUGAUGGGAAUCUCUUGAAUUCUGUUUUUUUCAGGGUUUGCAGAACUUGUUUGAGCUCAGCAACCCUUUUUCUUACUAUCUAAACUAUAAUUUUUUCCCCAAGGGAGAAUCAGCUUUUUAUCCCUACAUUUUUCUAGCUAAAGGAAAGCCUGCUGCUAUGUAUUAGGGAGACAAGGAUCUCAAAAGCUAGGUUGGCAAAGCUGGGUCCUCUGUUUGGAUCACUGUGCUGUGGGUGUACACUGCAUUAAAUACGGUACUUAGAGCUUUCCCCUGCUUUCUUUUCCACUGUUUCACCUAUAAGGAGCAAGAACCCAGUAACAGUUGAGUAAGAGUUCAUACUGAGUUUGAUCACCCUCCAGAGGCUAGUGGGGAGAUAGCACUGAACUUGUCUCUGGAACCAGCUCCAGUAAUGGGAAGACAUGGUUUUGAACAGUCUCUGCAAUGCAGAAAUGUGAUUCCAUGUCAUCCCAAGGACUGAUAAACUCAGUCAGCAUGGUCAGUCUUUUUGUUUUCCAUUAACUAAUACGAGUGGCACAAUUAAUAAGAAACUCAUAACACUGAGUUCUUAUCUGGAUAGAGUGAAAAAGCUGAGACUCCCAUCUCUGAAUGCAGAAUGUUAACUGAUUCAGUGGGAGUGCCAUUCACCAAGCAAGGGCCAAAUGUGGCCCAUAAUCUGUGGUCCAGUAAAAGCCCUCACUAUUCCUUAUACAUAAGGCUUACGAACUUUCAUUGCUAUUUUUCUCUUUGCUAAAAAAUUCCAAUGAUUAUAAGCAUCCGACGAAGUGGGUAUUCACCCACGAAAGCUCAUGCUCCAAAACGUCUGUUAGUCUAUAAGGUGCCACAGGAUUCUUUGCUGCUUUUAAUGAUUAUAAGUAAAUUUUUCCUUUAAAAAAAAAAAAAAAGACGUUUGACAGGCUUCCAACAUGCAUUCAUUAGUUUAUAAAAAAAAAUCAUGACCCCCUUUUGAAAGAUAUGUGCCAACUGUGUUUUGGGCAUAUCUUACAUUUAAGCUGAUUGCUCUCUAUAUUUUAAGAAAUGUAAUUAGGCAGAGAGUCAUUUUCCAACACUACAUCACAUUAAUAAGUAACAAACACUAACAUUCCUCAAGGGCAGCCCAAGUCCUAGCUAGUUCCUAUGUUUCGUGUUACUUCGUGCUCAUAUUUUAUAGAUGCAAUUAAUUAGUGAUAUGGACAGGACUCACAACCAUUCCUUAUACUCGGUGAACCGGUGGUCUAUUUAAUCUGUCAAUAGUGCAUGCACAGCUUUUAUGAAGUAAACUGAGAUGUGUUUAUGGGUACUGUGAUUUCGUGUCGUGCACUGCUGAUAACUAGGUUCCCUCAAGAUUUGUUGGGCAUUGUUAUUUAAAAUCCUAUUUGUUGUUUAAAAUGAGACACAAGGUUGACCUGCCAGCUCCUGUGCUAGAGAAAUAUGCUAUUAGGUAACCACUGCAAAGCCAGGAAACUAAAACAUCAAAAUACUUUUGCUUUUAACACUAGCCUAACGCUUUUAAUUUCACGCUAAAAACUGUUAGCCAUUUUUAGUUUGAACAAAACUGCCCAUAUGAAAUGAUUAGAGCCUGCCAUAUAUUACCAAUAAACCACACAAAUACAGAGUCAUAGUUGAAAGAGGCCCAAACCAGAACAGCAUAUUCAUUCACACCAGAUCUACAACCAAACCUAAAGAAGCAUAUAAUGCUCCUAUCAUCUUCUGUCUGUCUAGAUGCUCAUAUGGCUCCUAUCACCAUAGGACCCGAGCAUCUCAUGAUCCUUACUGAAUCCUUACAGCACCUCUUUGAAGUGGUAUUGAAACUUUGUGGCUUCAUAAGUAAUGUGACCCAGUUUGUACCCCAGAUUGUCUUUCCAAAACUGCAAUGCAACUGACAUGCAAAACCCAAACCAUGAGGCAUUUGCCCAUCUCAGAUGAUGUUAGGGGUCUGAUGUCAACCCAUACAGCCCAGGAAUUUUGGAUUAGUAUUGAAACACCAUUCUUAAUCCAUCCCCUUUGUACUAUACAUUGGCUUUGCAGCAUAUAAUAUACCUCAUUACUUGAAGAUCUUGCCACUGCCUGAAAACAGAGGGUGGAUUCACCCUUGUGCAUAGAGUUAGCACAAGACCUAUGCAGCCUUUUAAAUAAGGCUUAAAUAGAAUUAAAGUAAUGUAUAGGCAUUGCAGUGACUGUGCACAGGAGUGAAUUCCGCUCCGUGUGAAAGGAUAGGUUAAGACAUUCUUCAUUUUGAAUUUCCCUGAUUUUGUUGGUUGCUAGACUCUUGACGUUAACCGAACACCUUUAUUUUAUUUUCCUUUAUGGAUGGAGGGAAAAGAAAGAAAUAAAAAGAAGAAGAAGAAAGUCAAGACAAAACGGUGCCAUUCCCCAUACUCUGGGGAAUUGAUGCAUCUUGAAAUUCAAUGUUUUUCAAUGGAGUCAUUCAAAUGUUGCCAAGAUUCUGGAAUCCUCUUACCCUCUUAGGCCUCGACUCUGCAAGCUGCUCAGUAUGGAUGGACACCUACGUCCAUUAAUAGUUCCACUGACUUCAGUGAAGCUUCACACUACGAGGCCAGGGUUCACACAUGCAGAACAACUUGCAGAAUCAAGGUACAUUACAGUACACAGGUCUACGAGUAGUCACAAGAGGAAGCAUUCUGCUCCGUAGCCUUUACAGUGCAAUAUGUGCCCUCACAUCAUUCUUCAUACAUAUUCACAGCCUACACAGAAGUUGGUGUCUUUUGUGAAUGUCUGUUAAUUAGACUUUUCUUUCACAUGCUAUGAGGCUACAGCAGGGGUGAUGUUUAACACCUGGUCUCUGCACAUAAACAGUCACCACACUCUUUAGUCCUUAAUACGCUGGCGGUUUUACUUUUACUUUGAAUACCCAAAGCAAAUCAUGGCGUAAUCAUUUGCAAAUGUACGGUACUGUAAGCAGUGAUGCUGUUUUUAGUGAUAGUAGUUCCUGAAAUGUGUGAAUUGUUUUUGUGGCUUUUAUUUUUUUUUAAAUUGUUUAAAAAAAAAAAAAAGAGGAAAAAUCUCCUCCAGACUCAGAUUUUAUGUUUCAUGAUUCAACUUGGAUGGAAGAUUUAUGGUGGUUAUUCCUAAGCAGGUGCCAGUACGAGAAUUCAACGUCACUUCUUACCAUGCCUGUAUAUAUUUUAAAAUAACGGGAUAUUUUAAUAUAUGUUCUGUUGUAUAGAUGCAGGAUUGGACUUACUUUUUAGCAUAGAAAAUGAUGCAUGGUAAAAAAAAAAAUGAAAAAUAAGAUUUCGUAAUCUAAGCACUUGAUUAUUAAAAUAAUUUGUACCAAAAAAGCCACCCAUUGCUAUGCAGGAGAUCCCGGGCCUUUGGCUCAGCUUCUGGGCUUGUACUCCCCAAACCAGCUGAUGCUGAGCGUGCUCAAAGGCAGCACACUUAAGAUAUGUCUACACUGCAGCUGGGAGCAAAGCUCCCAACCCGGCAGACAGACUCACGGUAGUGGGCUCAAGCUAAGCUGUGGACAUUGUAGCUCAGGAUGAAGAUUGGGUUCUCAAGUCCCCCUAGGCUUGAUAUAGCCCAUGCCACAAAGUUCAUGCUGCUAUUUUUGGCAUGCUAGCUCGAGCCCUGCUAGCAUGAGUCUGUCUACCCAGGUUUGGAGUCUAGUUCCUAGCUGCAACGUCGACAUACACCUAAGGGGGCGGGCUAGCUCAGUGGUUUGAGCAUUGGCCUGCUAAACCCAGGGUUGUGAGUUCAAUCCUUGAGGAGGCCACUUAGGGAUCUGGGGCAAAAAAUUGGUCCUGCUAGUGAAGGCAGGGGGCUGGACUCAAUGACCUUUCAAGGUCCCUUCCAGUUCUAGGAGAUUGGUAUAUCUCCAACUAUAAAUAAAUAAUUUAAAAAAAAAAGGUCUGAUCCUGUCUUCAGUGAAAGAGGCUUGCCAUUGGCUGACAUGACAACAGGAUCACUCCCAAGGGAAGGAAGUGCCUUUUGUCACUCAGCAUCCCCUCUGGCCUUUGAGCAAGCAGCACAGACAGCCUUGGAAGGGAGUCCAGCAACAUUUUAGCUUAGGCCAGGUCUACACUAAAAACUUGCCCAUACAAUAAUGUCGAUUAGGGCUGUGAUUUUUUUUUUAAAUGACAUUUUUAUACCAGCAAAAGCCCUAGUGUAGAUGCUGGUAAACCAGCAAAAGCAUAUUUUUGCCGGUAGAAGCUGUGCCUACACUAGGAGGGUUUGUCAGUAUAGCUAUACUGGCAUAACUAUGCCGGCAAACCUCUUCUAGUGUAGACUAAACCUCAGAAGCAUGGUGGCCAGGGCAGCAAGAUGAAAUGUAAGAGCAAUUAGAAAUGGGAGGGAUUCUUAAGCUAUAACAGGAAUUUGGGUAAACUCCUGGGACCUAUCCCAGAAGCAUUGCUGGGGAAUGACCCCAGCGAAGGUGAUGAGAGUUCUGGUGGGGACUGGCACCAGAGAAAGAUCAAUAUAUCUUUACAUUUCCUUUGUCAUAUUAGGAUCCAGGCAUAUUUUUAAAAUUAACUUCAAGUUUUAGGACCUAAUCUUACAGCCCUUCUUCUGUUCCAUUGCCUUCAGCGGGAGUUUUGCUUAAGCGAAACCUGCACGAUUUGCCCUCUCUGAUUUUUUAAUGUAUCCUUUUACUCAAAUUAUGUGAUUAUCUGCCUUAAAAGGAGACAGCUACAUUUUUAUAACUCUUUGUACGGUUAUUACACAGUAUGUGCAUUUUAUUUAAAAAUCAAGCAGAGGCAGUUUUGGGACAAAUGGAAAAAAAGUCGGUAUGACCCUUUACAGUGUAAAGUUUACACGACUGCUUUUGUUUUAUUUUUAUUUUUUUUCACAAUUUAGGGCCAGCUCCUGUGUUGGUGUAAAUUAGCAUAGCUCCAUUGACCUCAGUGAAGUUCCACCAUUUCAAAGCCAGCAGAGAAUUUGGCCCAGCGUGCCUCCUGACCUCUGAUACGAAGAAAGCAAGAGCCUGCACAGCAGUGCCGGUGCAACCAUUUAGGCAACCUAGGUGGUUGCCUAGGGCGCUGGGAUUUGGGGGGCGCCAUUUUCUUCAGCAGCAACUACGGCGGCUGGAUCUUUUGCCGCCCCAGUUGCCUCCAGCAUUUAUGCAGAGGGAGCUGGGGCAGAGGAGUGUGGAAAGGGCCGCCUGCAAGUAAGGGGGGGGGAC